CAGGCCUCUUUAACGCAACGCGGAUGUGAUUUGACUAAUUCCUUCUUGUGCUUAGUUAGGUUAGCCGGUUAAAUUUAAGUGUGGUAACAUAUGUGGAUUAUAAAUAACGAAAACAUCCAACGUGUUAAUUAACAUUUUAUUGUACUGUAAUGCAAGCCUGGAAGUACCAUAAUCUGUGAUUGUAAAGGCCAGGCCAGUGUAGUAAAUCAUACCAACAUGUCCGGAUAAUUUGACCUCUGUUGCCUCCAUUUUCAAGGAUAAGUAGAUAAAUAAUUUAUCGCAUCAUUUCUCGAGCAAUUCAGAACAACCAACAAAGAGUGCAAUGUCUUGUGUUCCAAGCAUGAAUGCAUAUGUGGCAUGUCAUACAUGCCAUAAAGAUACUGCUUCAUCUGCUCAGCCUGCAGUCACGACAGGUAUUAAUUGCGACCAUGGAAACAUUGCAAAACAACAAACGAUAAAGGAUGUUCCAAAUACUGACAGCCCAUCCCUUUUUCGACAUGUUUUUCGUUAUAACGUACAGCAAGCAUCAUCAGCGCCAUCAAGUCCAAGACCUGAGCACAGCAGUAACAAUGGUUUGUUGGCAAAGAUAAAAUUGAGAAUGCGAACGUAUUCAGGAGAUUCUGAGUCAUCCGAGCGGUAGAACGUUGAAGAAACAAAUAUUUAUUUCGUUAAUUCAAAAUUGUUUUUGUCUCUUUUUUAGCGGAUGUCGCAUUUUGGUGAUUCAUUCACGUAGAUACACAUUUUACCUGUUGUAAUUAUUGUACUUUUUUGCGACAAUAACUUUUCUUAUUUAUUGAGCAUUGUAAAACGUUCAUUCAUUUUUAAAGCUGUGAGUUUGUUCGGGGGGAGUGUUACUAAGUUUUUUUAUAUCCACUUUGAAAAAAACAAUAAUAAGAUGCAUGCAAUAGGAACAAUUCGUACAACUUUAAAUAAACACAAAUGACACAAAAAUCCAAGACCAAACCAAACAUUGCGGUAUUUUUUAAGUUAACUUCAUCUCGGAAGUAAUUUUCAACAGAUUGCAAUAUAAUCCUAAAUUUGGGGCAUUGUAAACUGCACAAUUUUAUAGUUAUAGAAAUAUUGGUUCCAAAGAGCUUCUAAGGCACAUAAUAUCUUUUUUCAAAAGCUUGAAUAUUAUUGGUGUUUAUGUAGCACUCAGUAUCAAAUGUGAUGUUUCUACACAAUAACUCUUUGUACAUAGAUCUGAAUUUUCAACUGUACUUUUCAGCAUUAUGUGGAAAUAUCAUAAAUAUUUUCCAAGUAAACGUCUUAAAUUACUAUGAAUAGCUAAUAAAUGAUAUCGGGUUUUUGGUUACUUUUUCCGCUAUUUCGUUAACCCUAAUUUCACCCCAUUUGGGUUUAUUUACGACGCGUUGCAAAAUUUCCCACACAUUGUACGCUGUUACUACAGCAAUUUCAAAUGAGUGUAGUCGUAUGUUUUCAUUUGUACGUUUUUGGUUUCGCAACCGUAUGAAAUCCCAAAGUGACUGGCUGCGGAUUAGCGUCUCAUAAUUAGGUUGUACCUGGAAUACGACAAAAAUAACUUAUAUCAAGUGCACUUGAUAGCAUGUUGCCUAAUGUUGCGUAAAGUGCACAUGUUGUAAUCACGCCUCGGGUGCGUGGCAUACUGUCGAAACAUUGGCGAAAAUACGAGCUGUGUCACGUGCGGAUUCGACUUACGUAAGUUGAUUCUUUGUCGUAUUGUGAUCGCUGAAAUGGUGAAUAGAUAGGGUUUCGCCUACCCGAUUAGAGUUUCGUAACACCGACUUUAGUUUAUGUGUAUAAUCCAACAUAGGCAACAGGCAACAAACUAAAUAAAAUAAAAAAAACAGACUCAAAACUCAGUGCCUUCAAUACCGAUAUAUACUUCAAAUCGCUUGGCAUCAAUCAUUGGCGUCAGAUAUACAAUGGGGUUAUCUUUAAAUAUUGUUUAUAAAUUUCCCGUCACUACCUUCUUUCUUUAUUCAGUAUUCACUUCUGUUUCAGUUUAUUUUUAGUAAUAAAUUUUUAUGGUGAGAAAAUAUAUUCUCGUUUCUUUUUAUACCUCUUCUACUAUCAUUAGGGAAAAUGACACAAUAAUCAGCCUUUGCGUCAAUUUCCGCAGUUAUGCCCGACGUUCUAUUUGAUUUAAUUCAAAAUCGAGCAUCACUGCUGAGUUGGGUUGUA